UAGACUCAGUUGGGAACAUUCAACCGGUGGAGACGAUGUUUCUGCCAGGACUGCUGGUUCUGAGCCUUGCUGCAGUUGCAUUCUCCCAGUCACCAGAGAAAGAGGCCAGGGAGUUUCUGGCAAAAUUCAGUGAAGAUGCUGAGCAAAUGGUCUACAAAUCUUCAAAGGCAUCAUGGAACUAUAAUGUAGACAUUACUGACGAAAAUGCAGAAAAGAUGAAUGUGGCAAGUGCUGAGUGGUCCCGGUUUUACCAACAAGCCUCUCAUAAUGCCACCGGAUUUGAUAUCACUAUGAUACAGGACGCAGUGAUCAAACAACAACUGGAGAUUCUUCGAUUCAGAGGAACUGGCGUUUUAUCCACAAGCGAGUAUAACCGCCUAAAUGAGAUUCAGAAUGAAAUGAGCACAAUCUACAGCACAGGAACCGUCUGCUAUCCAGAUCAGCCCUCUAAAUGUGUCGGAUUGGAGCCAGAGUUGACCAUCCUGAUGGCUGAAAGCAAGGAUUAUAAGGAGAGGUUGUGGGCCUGGGAAGGCUGGCGGGUUAACGUGGGGAAGAAACUCAGACCACUCUAUGAGGAGUACACCAUUUUAAAGAACAAAGUUGCCAAAUUGAAUGGUUAUGAUGACUAUGGUGACUACUGGCGCUCUAACUAUGAGACCAAUGGUGAAGGAAAAUUUGCAUACUCUCGGAACGAUCUGAUGACGGAUGUGGAACGUCUGCUCCAAGAGAUAAUGCCUCUGUACAAGGAACUGCAUGCAUAUGUAAGGGCAAAGCUCCAAGAUACCUUUGGGCCACAAGAUAUCAGUUCAAAAGGAUGUCUCCCUGCUCAUUUAUUGGGUGACAUGUGGGGAAGAUUUUGGGGAAACCUAUAUAAUUUCUCAGUUCCAUUUCCAAAACAGCAUGAUAUAGAUGUAACAUCUGCAAUGAAAGAAAAGGGAUGGAAACCAAAGGGUAUGUUUCAGGCGGCUGAUCACUUCUUCCAAUCUUUGGGCCUUAAACCAAUGAAUGAUUACUUCUGGAAUUAUUCCAUGAUCGAGAAACCUACUGAUGGCCGCAAAGUUGUCUGUCAUCCAACAGCCUGGGACAUGGGCAAUGGACUCGACUUCAGGAUUAAAAUGUGCACUAAAGUGAACAUGGAAGACUUCCUGACUGUCCACCAUGAAAUGGGACAUAUUCAAUAUGACAUGGAGUAUGCAAACCAAACAUACUUAUUCCGAGAUGGAGCCAAUGAAGGUUUUCACGAGGGUGUUGGGGAGAUCAUGUCACUCUCAGCAGCCACCCCAAAGCAUCUAAAGGCUAUAGGUCUUCUUAAGGACACUUUUAUUGAAAAUAAUGAAAUUGACAUCAAUUUUCUCCUGAAGCAAGCCCUGACCAUUGUUGGCACGUUGCCUUUCACUUUCAUGAUGGAACAGUGGAGGUGGAAAUUGUUCAAGGGAGAAAUACCCAAAGAUCAGUGGAUGAAAAAGUUUUGGGAAAUGAAACGAGAGAUUGUUGGUGUUGUUGAGCCUCUCCCCCAUGAUGAAACCUACUGUGAUCCAGCAGCCUUGUUCCAUAUCGCCAAUGACUACUCCUUCAUAAGGUACUUCACCAGGACCAUCUACCAGUUCCAGUUCCACAAAGCACUGUGCAAAAUUGCUGAACAAACCGAUGAACUGUAUAAGUGUGAUAUCACCAAUUCCACAAAAGCAGGCACAGCACUCAGUAACAUGCUCAAACUAGGCAAGUCUAAACCAUGGACAGAAGCUCUUUGGGAAAUAACUGGAGAGACCAGAAUGAACUCUACAGCUCUGCUGGAAUAUUUCAGCCCCUUAUACACCUGGCUGAAGGAAGAUAAUAUGAAGAAUGGAAGAGAGGUUGGUUGGGACACCCAAUGGAGCCCAUAUAUAAAAGAUUCCAUUAAAGUGCGGAUCAGUCUGGUGGCAGCCCUUGGAGAAAAUGCCUACACAUGGGACGCAAGUGAAAAAUAUUUUUUCCAAUCAACAGUGGCAUUUUCAAUGAGAAAAUACUGGAAAGAAUUUAAAGCUCAGCAAGUCAACUUUGUGGCAGAAAAUGUUCAGAUAUUCGAAGAAACAAAAAGGAUCUCAUUUUUUUUCCGUGUUCUGAACCCAGUGAACAUCACAGAAAUGAUUCCAAAGACUGAGGUGGAGCAAGCUAUCAGGAGUAACAGAAAUCGAUUCAACAAAGCGUUCUUAUUAAGUGAUGACACACUAGAGUUUGUUGGUAUUCCACCCACUUACCCUCCACAGACUGAGGCCCCUGUGACUGUCUGGCUGAUCGUGUUUGGAGUUAUCAUCAGCCUGGUUUGCAUUGGACUCAUUAUCUUGAUCGUUACUGGAUACAGAGCUCGAAAACAGAAGGCAAAAGCACAAGACACAGAAGUAGUUGACGGUGAACCUGAUGAAGACUAUUAUUCGAGCCUUGAGAUGGUAAAAGGGAAAACAAAUGAAGCGUUCCACACCGAUGAGCCAGAGAUGUCAAUAAAUCAUUCACUCUGAUUUUAGUCCCAUUCCCAAGAGAGAAUAUUCUUAGGAUAGCUUUUCACCCCGUACAAAUUAACUUUUAAACAGAUUUGAUUAUUACAAGUUGACCUGCUAUUUCUAGCAACAGAAUUAAUGCACGGUUAUGUUUAGAUAUUGCAUCCGCUGAAAAUUAUCCCUUAGGCAUGCUCUUGAAAAAUCUAGAUGUAAACAAUGAUAAAUGUUUGGUCAUUUUUGGGCAAUUGUGUAAGUAUUCAGGUCCUUCAUCAAGAACAUUCAAACAGGACUUCCCAAAUCCAUGACUCCUACCUCGAUGAAGCCAGCCAACUCCUAGAGAUUGUUUACAAGUUGCAAGCAGGUUAUAUUUUGCUUGGGCAGCUUAUAUCCCAGCAGUAUGAAUAUUGAUUUCAAGUAACCCUUGCAUUCUCUCUCUCUCCGUCCCUCCCCCACCCUAGUUGUCUUGCUAGUUUAACUGUUCUGAUCCCUUCAUUUUCACCUUCUCCUCCUCAACUAACAAUGUACCAUUUUGGGCUCUUUGGUCAUUGGUGCCAUCUGCCUUGUUUUGUACCUUUUCAUACCUAUGCACCUAUUGUUUAUUGUCUAUUGUCUCUGUAUCCCUCUCCCCUGACUCUUAGUCUGAAAAUGGGUCUUGACUCAGAACGUCACCUAUUCCUUUUCUCCAGAGAUGCUGCCUGACCUGCUGAGUUAUUCCAGCUAUAUUCGGUGUAAACCAGCAUCUGCAAUUCCUUCCUACACACUGACCUAGAACUACACUGCUGAUCCUCUAGUUCGCAUUACAUAAUUCCCUCCUCAACAGCACUGUGGGAACAACUUCACCAGGACAGCAAGGUUCAAGAAGGCAGCCUGUCAUCACCUUCAUGUGGGAAAUUAGGGAUGAGCAAUAAAAACCGGCCUUGCCAGUGACACUGGGUCCAAAAAUAAUUAAAUAAAUAAACAGCAUCGAUUUCACCUUGACAGAAGGAGAAGUAAUCUGCUCUGAGCUGCAACAAAAGAAAGGAUCCUUACCAUGUUGUCUACUUUUACAGGUCUAGGCACUGAAUUAUAGAAUUCAAAUAUUGUUGGCUACAAUCUCAGAUGAAGUACUGUGGAAUUUUGUGAUAUUGUUGGUUAAACUGGGAGGAUAGAGUUAAACACUAAUUGAGCAGAAAUGCAGCAUUGGAGGCUGGACUGAGUCUGUGAGAUUGUGCGGCACCUCACACACCUGCCCAACCCAUUGCCAGCCUCCUCCAGCUCCCCAUGCUGCCAGAGUUGGACUUUCCCCCUCGCAAUGAUCGAGAAUCUUCACAGCGUUCAAGGAGUACUCCUCGAUGUUGCAAACUGGAGAAGACCCAGAUUAUUGAUAAAAUGCAGAUAGCUUCUGUGAACAAUUUGUUUUGAUUCUGAUAUACUGUGUGAUGUACUGUAGGUUGGUGAAGUGACAUCAACAGGCAAGGCUUGUGUUAAUCUUCUCACAGCAGACUAUCUGGGCACCACAGGUGCUCUGCCCCGCUCCCUUGUACCACUGUAUCUCUUUCAUUGUAACUACUGAAUCAACAUGAUUGUUUCAAACAAAUAAAGAUAUGUCAGAGCCCCUUUUGCAUGUCCUUAAUAUUGUUUUAUUUCAUUGGCAAAUAUGAACAGACCCUCAACCAUUGACUUUGAAAGUCUUUAUCAAGUUUGGACAUCUAGAGCAUGUUUUUAGAUACUCCAUGGCCACAUGUGGAUGAAACCGCCAAUAUCUUACACCAGAAGCCACCUGGGAGAUCCUA